AUGUCUGCUGCCGAGACUUGUAGCUCAAACGUUUUGAAAGAGGGAGAGUUAGAGAAAAGACGCGACAAUCUGCUUCAGUUUUGGAAAAGAAAGACGUGCGUAUUAACGCCAGAUAGUCUGACCAUAUACCCUGACGCUCAGAAGAAAGCCAAGGGCAAAGAGUUGAAACUUCAGGCGAUUAAGAAAGUUGACUGUGUGGAGAGGACAGGAAAGUUCGUCUACUUCACCAUUGUCACCAAUGACAACAAAGAGAUAGACUUCAGAUGCAUGGACGAGGAUGGAUGUUGGAAUGCUGUCAUCACCAUGGCACUGAUUGACUUCCAAAACCGAAAAGCCAUUCAGGACUUCAAGUCACGGCAAGAAUCAGACAAUGCAUCUCCGGGACAUCCAGACAGACACAUGGCGAGAGCUCCAUAA